AGCAGCAGCAGUCAGUCUCUCACUGCCUCAUACUCCAGCCCCGGUGUUUUGGCAGCGCUGGUCUCUCUGCCCUGCGGUCUGAGAGGCUACCUGGGGACCCUCGACUCAGGACUCUGCCUCCCGCUCUCUCUCUCUCUCUCCCACCCCAGGCCAGGUUGACUUCAGAUCAGCCCCCACCUCAAUUCCCCCCAUGCUGCGCGUUUUCAUCCUGUGCGCCAGCAAUGUGGUGACUCCGGACGAGGACGUCACCGACGCCUACUGCUGCAUCACCUACGACGGGUCCAAGAAGAAGACAAAAAUAAUCAAGAAUAAUGUGAAUCCCGUGUGGAAUGAGGGGUUUGAGUGGGACCUCAAGGGAGUGCCCUUGGACUCGAGUGGUGAGCUUCACGUGGUGGUCAAGGACCAUGAGAAGAUGGGCCGGAACAGGUUUCUGGGGGAGUGCAGAGUGUCCCUGCGUGACGUUCUCAACUCUCCCAACCUGGCCGGCUCCUUCACCGUGUCCCUGGUGGACACCAAGAGGAACAACACUGGGGCCACAAUAUGCCUGCAGAUUUCCUACUUCCCUCCCCCUGGAAUGGCACCCAUGGUUCAGCCUCCUCCCCUGCCUGAGCCCCCGCACACUCCACUGGAGCUGGACACAGUGACAGUCUACUCCAUAGACACUUUGGGGGAGGAGGACACUGAGAGCAUGCUCAUGGUGGAGGCUGCUGAGGAGCCAGAGACAGUCCCGGGCCCCCAGGGCCAGGAGACCCCCACUGCCCCGCCCAAAAAGGCCCCCCCAAACCUCAUCCACGGUGCGAAGAAGAAGAAACGUGCCUCCAACAGAACCCCGCUCCCAAAUAAGCCACAGGACUUCCAGAUACGAGUGCGGGUAAUUGAGGGCAGGCAGUUGCCGGGCGUCAACAUUAAGCCUGUCGUCAAGAUAACCAUUGCUGGGCAAACCAAGAGAACUCGAAUCAGAAAAGGAAACAACCCUUUAUUUGAUGAGACUUUCUUCAUGAACUUCUUUGAGACGCCUUCUGAUAUAUUUGACGAGACAAUAUUUGUUACAGUUCUUGACUCUAAAUCUAUGCGCACUGACUCUGUGAUUGGAGAAUUCAAGCUCGAUGUUGGCACAAUAUACGCAGAGCCCAGACACGCCUUCCUCAGGAAGUGGCUCCUGCUUGCGGACCCGGAUGACCUCUCCGCGGGCGCCCGGGGUUACCUGAAGGUCAGCCUGUUCGUGCUGGCGACGGGAGACGAGGCCCCGCCGGACAAAAAAGAGGGGGUGGAAGAGAAAGAGGACAUCGAGGGGAACCUGCUGCGGCCCACGGGCCUGACCCUGAGGGGCGCCAUCUUCACACUCAGACUGUUCCGCGCAGAGGACCUGCCCCAGAUGGACGAUGCAUUCAUGGACGGGAUGAGGCAGGUCCUCGGCUUUGAGAGUAACAGGAAGAACUUGGUGGACCCCAUGGUGGAAGUUAACUUUGCUGGCAAAACGAUCUACAGUAAGAUCAUGGAGAAGAACGCCAACCCCCAGUGGAACCAGAAUCUGACCCUCCCCAUCAGGUUCCCUUCUAUGUGUGAGAAGAUGAGGAUCCGCAUUCUGGACUGGGACCGAGCCAGCCAUAACGACGUCAUCGGCACCACCCACCUGUGCAUGUCCCGCAUCUCUGCCCCGGGGGGAGAGAUAGAAGAUGACCUGGCUCCGCGGACCCCCUCGAACGCCAUGGACGACAGCCUGGGGUUCCUGCCCACCUUUGGGCCCUGCUUCAUCAACCUGUACGGGAGCCCGAGGGAGUUCACCGCCUUCUCCGACCCCUACGAGGCGCUCAACCAGGGCAAGGGGGAGGGCGUGGCCUACCGAGGCCGCCUCCUAUUGGAGCUCAGCACCAAGCUGGUGGACAAGAUGGAGCACAAGGUGGAGGACAUCCCCUCCGACGACCUGUUGGUGGUCGAGAAAUUCAUGAGGAAGAGGAAGUACUACCUGUUUGCGGCGUUCUACUCGGCCACGCUGCUACAGGACGUGGACGACGCCAUCCAGUUCGAGGUCAGCAUCGGCAACUACGGCAACAAGUUCGACUACAGCUGUCUCCCUCUGGCCUCCACCACGCAGUACAGCCGAGCCGUGUUCGACGGGUGUCACUAUUACUACCUGCCCUGGGGCAACGUGAAGCCCGUGGUGGUGCUGUCCUCGGAGUGGGAGGACAUUCGGCCCCGUAUCGAGGCCCUGAACAUGCUGCUGACCGUCGUGGCCCGCCUGGAGGCUAACCUGCAGCAGGUACAGCUGCACCUCAAAGCUGGCAGCGACCUGGUGGUGAUGGAGAGCAAAGUGCUGCACCUCCUGGAUGAUGUAAUCGCCGACUGCAGCAAGGACCUCCCGCGGCUGGAGGACUGGCCCUGCGUCACCCCGCUGGACCGGGCCCUCAGGCACCUGCGCAGGCUCACCAUGCGGCAGAUCGAGCAGGCCGCCCUCACCCUCAAACACGGCACCAGCACCGAGCUGGAGAACGUUCUGGAGCAGGCCGAAGACUGGGCGCAAAGGCUGCGCUCCCUGGCUGAGGAGCCCCAGAACAGCCUGCCGGACAUCGUGAUCUGGAUGCUGCAGGGCGACCGCAGGGUGGCCUACCACCGCAUCCCCGCCCACGAGGUCCUCUUCUCCCAGGACCACUGCGGGAAGAACUGCGGCCAGCUGCAGACCAUCCUCAUGAAGUACCCCCAGGGUGGUGGUGGGUCGAGUGACAAGAUCCCAGCACAGCUGCGGGUGAAGGUGUGGUUCGGGCUGUCGGCCGACGCAAAGAGCUUCAACGAGUUCGCCGAGGGGAAGCUCUCCGUGUUCGCCGAGACGUAUGAGAACCAGACCAAGCUGGCCUUAGUGGGGAGCUGGGGCACCACAGGACUGAUGUACCCCAAGUUCAGCGACGUCACCGGGAAGGUCAGACUGUCAAAAGACAGCUUCCGGCCCUCCCCCGGCUGGGCCUGGGCUGGGGAGUGGUACAUCAGCCCCGAAAAGACGAUGCUGUACGAUGUGGACGCUGGUCACAUGACCUUCAUGGAGGAGGUGUUUGAGAACCAGAUGCGGUUGCCCGGGGGACAGUGGAUCGGAAUGCCGGAGGGCUACACCGAUGUGAACGGGGAGAAGGCCGUGCCGAAGGACGAGGUGGAUUGUCCCCCGGGCUGGGUGUGGGAGGACGUGGAGUGGAGCGAAGACCUCAACCGCGCCGUGGAUGACCAAGGCUGGGAGUACGGCCUCACCAUUCCCCCCGACCGCCGGCCCAAAGCCUGGGUCCCGGCUGAGAAGAUGUACCACACCAACCGGCGCCGGCGCUGGGUCCGACUGCGGCGCCGGGACAUGCAGAGGACGGAGGCGCUGAGGAAGCAGCGGCCGGACGAGUCGGAGAGGGAGGGCUGGGAGUACGCCUCCCUGUUUGGCUGGAGGUUCCACCUCAAACAGCGCAAGACCGACUCCUUCCGCCGCCGCCGCUGGCGCUACCGCAUGGAGCCCCUGGAGAAGACCGGGCCGGCCGCCAUCUUCGCCCUGGAGUGCUCCCUGGUGACGGACGACAAGAAUGAUGACAAAUCUGUCACGGCUACCUUUGGCGUCAACCGGCCGACUAUCUCCUGCUUUUUUGACAGUGGCACUCGAUAUCACCUGCGCUGUUACCUGUACCAGGCCCGAGACCUCACUGCCAUGGACAAGGACAGCUUCUCAGAUCCAUACGCUACGGUGUCCUUCCUCCAUCAGAGCCAGAAGACCGUGACCAUACGCAACACGCUCAACCCGACCUGGGACCAGACCCUCAUCUUCUACGAGAUCGAGAUUUUCGGGGAUCCACAGGUCACAGAGUGCAGCCCCCCCAGCAUUGUGGUGGAGCUGUUUGACCAGGACACCUACGGAGCAGAUGAGUUCAUGGGGCGGUGUGUUUGCCCGCCUUCCCUGAUGCCCUCACCCCGCCUGGCCUGGUACCCCAUCCAGAAGAAUGGCAAGUUUGCUGGAGAGUUGCUGGCAGCCUUCGAGCUGAUACGCAGAGACAAGCCCACAAUCCAUCACAUCCCUGGACAGGAGGGUGAACCUCUGCCCACCUCUUCUACCCUAGACGAGCUUGUCCUUCCAGGCUUCCUGUCUGAGAACCUGCAGCAAUGGCCCGCGGAAACAGACCUGCCCUGCCCUCCUCCUCAGAGGGAGCCCAACGUCUACAUGGUGCCCCAGGGGAUCAAGCCAAUUCUGCAGCGCACUGCCAUCGAGGUGCUGGCGUGGGGCGUGCGGAACCUGAAGAGCUACCAGCUGGCGAGCGUGACCUCGCCCAGCCUGCAGGUGGAGUGCGGGGGCCGCAUGGUGCAGUCCUGCGUCAUCCGCAACGCCAAGAAGAAGCCCAACUUCGACGUCAACACGCUCUUCGUCGACGUGUGCCUGCCCUGUGAGGAGCUGUACAUGCCCCCCAUCGUGCUGAAGGUGAUCGACAACCGGCAGUUUGGCAGGAAGCCCGUGGUGGGACAGUGCACCAUCCGCUCCCUGGAGGAGUUCCGCCUCCAGCCAGACGGCAUGGAGAGAGAGUCCGAAGAGGAAGAUCUGCACGAAGAGAUCUGCCAAACGCCUCGGGAUGACGUCCUGAUCGACAUCGACGACAAGGAGCCGCUCAUCCCUGGACAGCCUGCAGACGGUUCCAGCUCUGCCAUUAUUAACAUCUCAUCCUCACGAACCAGUCUCCAUGAGGAAGAGUUCAUGGAUUGGUGGAGUAAGUUCUACGCCUCCACUGGGGAGAGACAUAAAUGCGGGACCUACCUGGAGAAGGGCUUUGACACUCUGCAGGUGUACAGCAAAGAGCUGGAGAAGGUGGAAGGGUUCGCGGGGCUGGCGGACUUCUGCCAGACCUUCAAACUGUACCGAGGGAAGACUCAGGACGAGGGCGAGGACCCCUCCAUCGUGGGGGAGUUCAAGGGCAUGUUCAAGAUCUACGCCCUGCCCGAUGACCCCUCCCUGGCCCAGCCCCCGCGCCAGUUCCGUCAGCUCCCGCCCAAUG